ACAAAGGAUUAUUUGGUUUGUUUUUAAGCAUGGGAUGAAUCUCUCAUAGUUUUUUAUCACUUUUGAUACGAAAACAACUGGACUAUGAACGUUCUUAGACCAUUUAUAGACUUCGCCAAAAUGUAAACAAAAAUCCAAAAUGGCUGCCGCAAAGUGAAACUACAGUUUUCACUUAGUCAGAUGCUUGAUGAUUAAUGCAUGAAACAGUUGCUGACAGCUUCAAACUGCAAGUACACCCUGUGUAAAUAGACCAACUUGCAUUCAAAUGAACUUUAUGAUGUCAAUCCAGACUUGACAAUUGGUGCCCUGAUGGCAUUUCAAGACAUAAAAUUACUACUGCUGAAGUGUUGUUGUGCAAGUGCACAGACCGCAGCCAUUCCAACAAAGGUGUCCCAAGCAGAAAAGGUCAACGCCUUCAACAUUCUGAUGAGCGGUGCUAAGGUUCCUCCAGUAAAAAAAGCUGUCUGCCAGAACAGAAAAGACGAAAUGUACAACAAUGUUGUGGAUAUGUUUGUCCAGAGAAACCUGAAAUUACACAGGAGUAUUGUAGCUGAUGAAGGUGUCUAUGCUGUACAGGUAGUUACAAACGCUUUAUGGUAUUUGACGAACCAUCACACCACCAUCAAUGAUGCAGCUUUGCGUUUCAAGGAUGUUUCCUCAAUACCGGCAGAUUUUGAUGGUUUCCAAGGUUACAAUGAAAUCAAGAGAAAGAAACUGAAAUCGCAGCCAUUGCAACAGAUCCAGUUGUAUAGUCAUGCAGAGGCUAUUUUCAGCUUACUCAGUCGUCCAGUUUUUGAUAGUGAUGAAAAUUGGAUAAAGUUCAAAUGUGUGCUAAAAGCUUUAGCGGAGUGUCUACAGCUACAAGGACUACCUUCAACACCAAGAUCGGAAGGGAAAGGAGCGACAGGCCGCUGACCAUCCUCCAAGAACUGUAGGAUCAGACAUAUCUGUUGUUCAUCACCCCAAAUGUGUUUUUGUCAAGGAAAAAUACUCUUUAUUUGAUAAAGUAGUUGUAGCGCAAGCAGAGUCUGUACCAAUUAUGUUUGAAGAAGAUAAACAUUUAAAGGAAUCAUUUAAUGAUAACAAGCAAAGGUCUAGAUAUUUUGAUGAUAUGCAAUUGUCUGUACCUAUUGAUUUGUAUAAAUACUGUCCAGGGGGUAAUGUUGUUAGCAUUGUUUUUGUAGCCAAGGUAAAUGUAAACAGGUCUAGCGAUGAAGCAUUGGUGGAACCAAUCAGGGUUGUCUCACAGAUUCACAAUCAGUUGCCUGAAUUUCAUACUAGAGCUCAGAAAAGGUACUUCAAACAAAAGUUACAAAACAUUGCAAAUAUCAAACCAGGUGUUGUUGAUUUCAUUUAUAAGGAAUUGGCCAUGGAUGCAUCACAGGUAAGUCAUCCUGAAACACAAGAAAGACUUCGCUUGAUAUCACUUGGGGAAACUGGUUUAGUGGCUGAUCUUCGUGACCUCAACACAGGUAGGCCUUCAGACAAGUUUGAUGUGUUUUUUGAAAAGCUACAAGAGGUAGUUGAGUCGGUAACAGCUGUUGAUGAUAGACGACAUGGGGAAUUGCACCUGAGUCGUUGGCUCAGCCUUGAAGAGAUGAUUAGGGAGGCUGCGGAGAAAUGCCGCGAAGACACCCUCAUACCAUCCAAAAGUCUGGUAAGGCUUCAGUUUACACCCAGAAACCCUUAUAGCCAUGCAGCCUUGAACUUGACAGGUAAGAUUGAUGUGCAGUACAAAGUCCAGAGGAGACAGUUGCGAGUGGCCCAUCAGGAUCAGCACAUCUGUGCUGCCUUGUUUCAGUACAUGAAGUGCAAAGCCGUUGAACUAGGUAAGUAUGGGCAAAUGGUUUGCUCAGAUGACAAGGCAAAAGUGCCAAUUGGAAACCCCGGCUUGCCUAUUUCCACAGGUGUCAGAGGUAAGAAAACUAUUACACCUACAUCUUGUGAAAUGGUGGCUGGUGACCAUGACAUGCAUUGCACUAGUUUGACACCAUCUGUCUAUCUUCUUUGUAAAGUUCCGGAUACAACAGAAAAGUCAUUUGUUUCUGGUAAGGUACAUGUUGCUGUUAAUGACUCAGUUUUGCAGACAUCAAGUCCAUUCAGGCAUGCAGCACUUCUCUCCAAAGUCAUUGCAGGUCCAGAGUGUCCAAAAGUUCUCUUGAGGUACAGCGAUGGAGGGACAGACCAACGUAACACAUUAGAAAGUGUCAAAUGUGCAAGUAUAUGCCUGUUUAAAGAGUUAGAUCUUGACUUGAUGGUGCUAGCCCGUUGCGCUCCAGGUAACAGUUGGGUGAAUCCCGCUGAAAGGGUGAUGAGUAUAUUAAAUAUAGGCCUUCAGAAUUGUGCAUUGGAAAGAAGGGAUGAUGAUGGUGCCUUCAAAUCUGUAAACAGCAUGUCUCAGGUAAGAGAGGUGAUUGGUAAGAGGCCAGAUUUGAAGGAAGCAUGGGUGUCCAACAUAGAGCCAUGUCAAGCUGUUGUGCAGAAUCGCUUUGCACGCCUUACUUUGAAAGGUGAGAAAUUCCAGAUUGAAAACCCAGUCACAGAGGAUGAGAUUGAUGUUAUUAAGAGACACCUUAGGGAAUUGUUUCCCGACCUUGACAUCACUAAGCUACAGAAAGCCCAUACAAGGUCUGCUGCCUCAUACCAGAAAUGGUUGGAUGAUCAUGCCCGACAAAGGCAAUAUUCUUUCCAGAUAAGAAAAUGUCAGAAUGCUGAUUGUUGUUUACCAGCAACAACUCCACCUGAACUUCUAGAAUGGCUUCCAGAUCCUAUGUUUGAAACAGGUAAGGAACAUUACAAGCCAUACAAUGUUGUUAAAGGCCAGGAUACUGAUGAUCAUGAUAGGCCUAGCUACAAAGCUCCCCAGAAUAAAGGUACCAGUAACAUUAAAGGGGCAACUACCUAUAAGCAGACAACAGAUUCAGUUGAAAAUGACACUACAGUUGAUGCAUCCAUGUUCACAGCACAAACUGCAAGGUACAGCACUGAUUGUGUAGAGUGUAAAAAACCAAAGGUGAUUUUCAGUAAAAAUAAACUUACAGACAGACAGCAAAUGCAACUUGUUAUUCUGCUUUCUGAACAUGAGUAUACAUGUGGGUCAUUUGUCACAGUUCCAGGCAGUGCAUUACACAAUAAGGUUCAUGUAAGAUUAGGCUUAACCUGUGAGACACCCAUUGAGCUUGCAUUCUAUAGGUCAGAGUUUGCGAAAACAGAUCUCUGCUGCCUUUGUGCAUCUGCAGAUGGCUAUGUUGAUGAGGAACUUAAAAAAGGUUCAAAACUCUACUACCAAUAUGCAAAUAUUGUGCUGAAAAAGGACUGAAGCCAGUUCAUGCCAGACCUUAUGGUAAAAAGUCAUAGACUGAGAUAAAAGGUGUGCUAUUGCAACAAAAAAAAAUGUUCAGUAUAUAAACAGUAAAUAUGUUGUUUUUACUGGCAUACUGAUAGUUCCAUAUGUUCAUGGUUUGUUUUUUAAGAUGCUGUUCUGAUUUUUAUUAAUCAUUACCAAAUUUAAAAAAAGUAUUGGUCACCAUGGAUGGUCUGGCAUGAACAGGUUUCAGUCCAUUUUCAACUUGAGACUUUAAAAUACAAUGUCAACUGACCAGGCUUUUUUCUGUGUGUUUUAUAUAGUCAUUGUCUUCUAGUCAAUUCUUCUAGUCAGAAUAUUUUAAAGUUUUUAAAGAAUAAACUUGUUGUUAAAAUACGUUGCUUGUUUAAUAUGGAGUUGAUUGUCUUAGAUAUACCUAUCACUCACAGCUCUACAAUUGACUGAUGUGUGUAGCUUCUAAAACACAAUGGCCCAGUUGUCUGAAACAUCACAGUCUGUUAAACCUAAAGUCUGUUAAAUUUCAAGGUUGUAUUUAAUACAAGUGUUCUAUGACGUAAUGUCACUAAAUUAUACCAAAAGGAGAAAGAUUAUGUAUAAUUCUUCUCAUUUAAAAGUAUAUUUCAUAAUUUUGUUUCAUAAAAGAAAGUACCUUGUCUUGAAAUUUAACAGACUGUUAGUUUAACAGACUGUUAAGUUUCGAACAACUGGGCCAUUAACUAUAGAGCAAUCAUAAGGGUGAAAUCGUGGAAUGUCUUCCUCUAAAACAUGAUAUUUAGCGACAAUGAAUGUUUGAUGUGUCGCUGAAUACUGCUGUUUCCAACAGAUUCACGAAUGUCGAUAUCAUAGAGCCAUCACUCUGGUCAAUAAAAAAGAUAAUAUCACAAUGAUUUUCCAUUUUUAAUAUUCAAUAUCAAAAUAGUACAUAAACACAACAUACAACAAAUACAUGAACUGCAAACAAAAUAAAA